AUGACUUCUAAAUCUGACGAUCCUCCACCCUACGAGGAUGCUCUGCACCAUCCUAAGUCUGGUCAGGACCCCUACCAGCCACAACACGGCACCACUCUCCCCCCUCCUCCUUCUUAUAGUCCCAGUCCCGGCAUGUGCCAUGGCCCGCCUGGCUACUGGGGCCAGGGGGGCGUUCACCCGCAAACCAGCAUGAAUCCAGGCCCUGGCUUCUCUCCAGCUGGAAUGCCCAUACCCACUCUGUCUGCAGGAAUGCCUAUGUCCAACCCAGGAGAGAUGGAUGAUUUCUUCAGCAACCAGUGGGAAAGCACAUCUGUUCGGCAUGCCUUCAUCAGGAAGGUUUACUUGAUUUUGACAGUUCAGCUUGCUGUCACUUUUUCAGUCGUUGGAGUCUUUACAUUUGUUGACCCAGUCCGGCUGUUUGUCAUCAGAUACCCUGGCAUCUACUGGGCAUCAUUUGUGGUUUAUUUUUUGGUUUACUGCAUCCUCGUCUGCUGCAAAGGGCCAAGGAGGCGUUUUCCAUGGAAUCUUGUGCUGUUGGGAAUAUUUACCAUUGCCUUGUCUUACAUGUCUGGAACAAUUUCGAGCUAUUAUGAAACAAAGGCAGUCUUUCUUGCCAUGGGAAUAACAGCAAUAGUGUGUAUAGCAGUGACAAUCUUCUGCUUCCAGACGAAGGUAGAUGGAGAUGUGGACUUCACCUCCUGCGGGGGAUUUCUCUGCAUCGCUGCGGUUUUGCUCAUGAUCAUUGGGAUUGUUACGGCUGUCGUGCUCUCCUUCCAAUAUGUCCCCUGGCUGCAUAUGCUCUAUGCUGCAAUUGGAGCCAUCGUUUACACUCUGUUUUUAGUGUACAACACACAACUUCUUAUUGGGAAUCGGGAGCUGGCCAUCAGCCCAGAGGAGUACGUCUACGGAGCACUUUCUCUCUAUGUUGACAUUGUUCACAUCUUCCUCUUCAUCCUUCAAAUCAGUGGAGCAGCAACUGAAUAGAGAAAUUCUUAGAGGACAUUUUCUUUCA